UGAACUUAGUGGAAUAUUGAUUAAUGCACGCUCAAUGAUUAAUAAAAUCAACGAAUUGAAACUCAUUCUAGAUAAAAAUAAAAUAGGCAUAGCUUGUAUUACCGAGACCUGGCUCAAUAAAAACAAUACUAUAUAUAAAGAUUUCUGCUUCAAUAAUCAAUUUCAACCCUUAUUUGCUAAUCGCGAAAAACGCAAGGGAGGAGGCUGCGCUAUCUUAUUAAGUAAUGAUUUAACAUUUAGGUGUAUUUUCCAAGGUAGCAAAUUUCAAUGUGAACUUAUCUGUAUUAAAUUACUCACAGUCCAACCGAUUUUAAUUAUUUGUAUAUAUAGGCCACCUGAUUGUACAGCUAAAAAUACAAAAAAAAUAUUAAAAUACAUCUACAAUUUAUUGAGCAAUACUAAGAGAUAUAUUAUUCUGGGAGAUUUUAAUAGCCCUAAUGUUGAUUGGAAUAAGUUAACUGCUUCUGAUAUGAUUGGAAAGGUCUUACUCGAAUUUAUUAACCAAACUAAUACAAUACAGAAAGUUAAUAAGCCCACAAGAGAGAAAGCUAUACUUGAUUUAGUUUUAUCAUUCCCUGAUAACUUAGUUAGCACCAACGUUAUUGAGAAUUUUUCUACAUCAGAUCAUAAUAUGGUUAAGUUCAAAGUAUGUAUAAAUGAAAGAUGCAAGAGAAUAAAACAAAGUAAAGUUUUAGUAAGAAAUAUUAAUAAGAAAAAUCUGAACGAAUGUAGUAAAAACCUGUCUAGUAUAAAAUGGGAUUAUAUAUUACCCUACUACUUUAGUAUUGAAGAAAAAUAUUCUAAAUUAACAAUAUGCCUACUAAGAGUUUUUGAUAAAGUUAUGCCACUAAGACCUAUUAACAAAAUAAUCAAAGAAAAGUAUUCUAGAGAUAUUAAAGACCUUUAUAAUAGAAAACUUUUAACUUACAAUGAAUUAAAGAAAACCCCAUCUAAUAUGGAUAUUAAAUUGAAAUAUAAAAUAAUUUCAAAACAAUUAAAAACAAAAAUUCAAUCACAUCAUCUUAAGAAAGAGCAAAAUGCCAUAUCGAAAGGCUAUAAUUCAAUUCAUAAGUUUAUCAAGAAUAAAAUAGGUGAAAAUGGUUAUAUAACAUUUCUUACAGAUUCUAAUGAUAAAAUAUACAAAGAUAACUUAGAAAAGUCCAAUAUACUAGCUAAGACAUUCCUAACUAAUUUUAGCCACAAGGAUUUGCAAGAUGAAGUUAUAACUGAAAACAAUGAACACUCAAUACAUGAUCUAGACUUAGAUGUAAUUCAGAUUAGAGACCUAUUAAGGAAACUUCCUAACAAAAAUUCUACAUCCCCGGAUGGAAUUCCUUAUAUAUUACUAAAGCACUCAGCUGACGAAUUAGCCCCUGUACUAACUGAAAUAUUCAGAAUAAUAUUAGAUAGUGGAAAUAUUCCGAGAAUAUGGAGAACAUCUAUAAUUAUACCUAUCCACAAAAAAGGUGACAAAUCAGAUCCUAAUAACUAUAGACCUAUAUCUCUAACAUGCACACUUUGUAGAAUCAACUUCUACUCAAUUAUUAGUAAUGUUAAAUGAUUUCUACAAUGCUAUUCAGGAAAAUAAAUCUAUUGAUAUUGUCUAUAUUGACUUCGCUAGAGCAUUUGAUUCAGUACCUAUUAACAGAAUACUUUAUAAAUUGAAAUCAAUCG